CGAUCUUUUAAAAACAGAUGGUCACAAUAAUACCGAUGCAUAUUUAUAAAUAAAUAUAUUUACAUAUAUAUGGGGAUAGAAACUUACAUAAACUAUACAUAAAUGCACACGCUAUGUCUGGCACCUGCAGUGGCGUUGCAGAAUUUGCUUCCUCCAUUCACAUCUCACCGGCGGAGGGGAAUGGCAACUGUGUAUCGCUGCGGGAGCCGAUUGACUGAUGAAGCAAACGGAAAGGAGAAGAGGGAUGCGAUGGCCGAGGGAGAGGCCGGUCAGGAGACGAACCUCGGGGCCUACUCGCCGGUAGAUUACAUGAGCAUCACCAGCUUUCCCCGGCUGCCCGAGGACGAUGCGGGCUCCACCGAGAAUGUCCUUCGGUACCGCAAAGAGGACGAUUCAUCCCUUUGUGAUCCGGAUACAACAGAUCCUGACCUGUUCCUGAAAACAGCUCGCCUGCAGCGCCUGCCCUCCUCCUCCUCUGAGAUGGGCAGUCAGGAGAUGUCGCCGCUGCGCGUGACCAACAAGGAUCCAUUUUCUGGUGACUGCGCCUGUCGCCAGGAUGGCUUGACUGUUAUCAUCACUGCCUGCUUAACGUUUGCAACCGGAGUCACCAUAGCCUUGGUUUUGCAGAUAUACUUUGGAGACCCACAGAUCUUUCACCAAGGAGCUGUGGUUACAGAUGUGGCCCAUUGCUCCGCAGUUGGUACUGAAAUACUGAAUCGUGAUGGCUCUUCAGUGGAUGCAGCUGUUGUGUCCGCAUUAUGCUUAGGAAUAAUCCAUCCCCACAGCUCUGGAAUUGGAGGGGGUGGAGUUAUGUUAGUUCACGAUAUCAGGAAGAAUGAAAGCUUCAUUAUUGACUUUAGAGAGACAGCUCCAGCGGAGAUUGAGGAGCAGAUGUUCACACAUGGCUGGGAGGACAAGCCUGGUCUCUUGGUAGCCGUCCCAGGUAUGAUACGAGGAUUUCACCAGGCCCACCAACUCUACGGCAGGAUCUCCUGGCCUGAGUUAAUGUCUGCAGCAUCAAAGGUUGCGCAGGAAGGUUUUAAUGUCACUCAAGAACUUGCUAAAGCAAUUGAUCAAGUAAAGGACAAAAAUAUGUCUGAGAUUUUCCGUGAUAUCUUCCUGCCGUACGGACAACCAUUGCAACCAGGGGCUUUCAUGAAACGCAUGGAUCUGGCGGCCAUUUUGAACACAGUUGGAACAGAGGGUGUUUCGGCAUUUUACAAUGGAAACAUCACAGAAGAAAUGGCUUCUGAGGUUCGGAGUAAAGGUGGAGUCCUCUCUGCAGAGGAUUUUGCUAACUAUUCUGUGAUUGUCGAGAAGCCCAUUGAAGGAUCGUACCAAGGUCGCUUUGUGCUUACUGCUCCGCCCCCUCAUACAGGAGCUGCACUAGUUGCUGCCCUCAACAUUUUGGAGGGAUUUAACAUAACGACCCAAGCAACCAGGAAUCUGACCUAUCACUUACUCACGGAGACAUUGAAAAUUGCUUUAGCUCUUGCAAGCAGCCUCGGAGACCCUUUCUUUGAUUCCACAACAACUGAGGUGACAGAGAAGAUGAUAAGCAAAUUGGAAGCUAAUUCUCUGCGUCAGCUGAUCAAUGAAAGUGUGGCCUUCCCCCCAAGCCACUAUCUACCCCUCAAUUCCCUGGAGACUGGACCUUCCGCAAGCCAAGUGCACGUUAUCGGACCCGAUGACUUCAUCGUUUCCAUUGUAAGCUCUCUGAAUCGACCCUUCGGUAGCGGGAUCAUAACAGCCUCCGGGGUUCUUCUGAACAGUCAGAUGUUGGACUUCUCCUGGUCAGACCAAACACAGGACAAUUCGACAGUGAACAUGAGAAAUGUUAUUCAAGCUGGCAAAAGGCCCUUGUCCUUUUUGUUGCCGACCAUUGUCCGGCCAUUGCGAGGUGUGUGUGGAACGUACCUGGCCUUGGGAGCUUCCAGUGGAACCAAAGCUCUGAGCAGCAUUACUGAGGUCUUGUUGAAUGUAUUCUCUUUUCACAAGCAUCUGAAUGAAAGCCUUGCUCUUGGCCGACUCUACGCCCAGCUUCAGCCAGAUGUUUUGCUUGUCGACAAUGAAUUCCCAGAGGAAGAUGUGGAAUUCCUCGUGGAGAGAAAUCACACGGUGGUGAGAGAGGACGCCUUUUCCUUGGUCCAUGUAGCCAAGAGGAUAAAUGACUUCAUCACUGGUGCCAAGGACCCCCGAAGUAGUGAGGCAGCAGUGGCUGUCAUCUCCUAGCCUGAAAUUCGGCCAGUAUUUGUUUCCCCUCAUUUUCUUUGUUCUUUUGGUUCGCUAUGAAGCCACAAAAACGAGAGACAGGUUAGUUGAAGAGAACAAUAGUCAUGGAAAACGGUAAGAGGAGAAUCAAAACCCUGGAUGUGCAACUCUCCUCCUCGAGUCUGGUUAUCGCUGACGUUUCUGAAUUAAGGUGGCCUAACUUCUGCUGUUCACCAGUGUUGUCUGGACUGGAAACCGAGUCAUCCUGCCUCAGAACCAUUGUGAAAUGUAUACUUACUCGCAUAGAUCUCCCUCGCUUUCUCAUUCCUGUAGUCUGGUGAUUCCAAGGAUUUUCCAAGGAUUCCCAAGAUCCUGGAACUUCAAGCCAUUGAUAAGUUGUAAGCUAAUGAUAUAGCUGACAGGCCCUCUUCCUACAAGUUGCUUUAUGUUAUCCCACUAACGUACCUUGCUUUGAAUGCAGUUUCUAUAUCUAAAAGUUGAAGUUAACAGAAGCCUGGUAACCUUUUACCCACCCUUUUGUGGUUACCACUAAUUGUGUACUGACAGUUGGUUACCCAGAGUAAUGGAGUGGAGUGUGUCUAUGAGUAAAGGAGAAAUGCAGAUAAUACAGAGGAACGCACUAACCACAGCUGCAGCCCAUCUGUGCUGACUGUGGACUAUACUCAAUCUCCGCACCACCCACACCUGAAUCCACUGCACCAACUAAGUCUCCAGCAGCCUGGCCAUGGUACAGGUCCACCAGAUGACCAGUCACCUAAACUAGUCCUGUCUCUGCUUCAACCCUCUCUUUCCUCUAUGACUUCGGAGAGUACCUGAAGCAGGGUCACACGUAGGAGCAGGAGCCACUGGCAGUGUGGGGCUUUCCCACCAGCGCAGCUGCUGCUUGGAGGUGGCCAAUCAUCUCAGUAACCAUCAGGAGCACACCUGAUCCUGCUACGAUUUUAGUUGGGGGUUGGCGGAGGGGUAUCCGACAGCGAGCCGCCUUCUAACUGCGCUCUCCAGUGGGGUAGGUGACAUCCUGGAGAGGCUCACCUGUCCUAAAUGCAAUAAAGAUUUCCCUUCCCAAGUGACCAGAACCACAUGUGAGUCAUUCAGCCUUAUGUGGCUCUCAGCAGCAACAACUAUCUGGAAGUCCUCUGGCCCCAGUCUCCCUCCCUCCAGGUGUGGGAAUGCUCAGGGUCAGCCUGCCAAGAGCUGCAGAAGUAAUUACCAAUCUGCAGGCAUUCCUGCUGUCCACAGGGCCUGCAGAGCCAGGCAGGGUUAGACCGGGAAAUUUUUUUUUUCCCCUCGCACAGUUAAUCCAUAAAUCAACAAAUGGAUAUUGAGAGUCUUGGCAGAAACCAUAGCUAUUUUGUCACCGUACAUUUGAAAAAAAAAUUAACAUUCCAGUUUGAAACAAGAGAAAGAAGGAGGGGCAGGAAAUGAGCUUUCACUGUUGUUGCAUCAAUGUUGGCAGAUACAUUCAUUUACAAACAUGACCUAAAUUCUGAUAUAAUUAAAUCAGAAUUGCAUCGUAGUUUCUUCCCUUUUCCCUUACAACUCUUUAAAAUUGCUUACCGCUGCUCCUCGGUAGCCCAAUUCCACAAAAUAUUUUAAUAAAGAUCACACUAAUUCUAAAUAAUUUUUAUUUUUGGUUUUACUUAACAGGCUUUCCCUAGUUUACAAAUGCCCGACUUACGUACAGUCCGUACGUGCGAUCGAGCGUUUGGGAGGCCAGGGAUACGGAUUUGCCGGCUGCCGCAGGGCUGCAGGCAUGUUCUGCCAUGAGGGAACUGGGUUCUGACUUGCGAACUGUUUGGCUGACGAACAGUUCUCGGGAACGGAAUCCUGCCGUAACCUUGGGAGGACUUGUACUUGUCUGUUGAAGUAUAUAAUCUGCUGAAGUCUGUAUCAUACUUCCUGCAUAGGAGAAAACAUAUACUCACCUAACUUACUUCCUUUUGACCUUCCUGUUACUCAACCUCCAGUGCCAGCCCAUGUAAAGCAUGCUGCAGUACUUGGGUUUACUGUUGUCAUUCAAAUCACUGUUGAUUUAGAAAUCACCCUCUGCUGUAUGUGCUAAAUUCUUCAUGUAUUAACUUAUGCAUUGUUGAAAUCCAUCUUUGAAAAUUGAUUCCAUUACAGUCAAUAGAAAUACAUUACAGAAGUACAGUUCAACACAUGCAUUUUAGUACAUGUGUGCACUUUAUUGAUGUGCAAGGAUUUCUUCUUUUCAGUGAUAUAAUUGCAUUGUGAAUAAUUUCAUAGUCACUAGUGCCAAAUACUUCCAUGUUGGCCUGUAUUUAUCUACCUAUUUAUUUAUUUUUUUAAAAGUUUGGUCCAUUUUAUUUGUGUACAGUGCUUUCUGGCCUACAGAUUCUAUGGACCCUACAAGGCAGAUUAAAGCAACCUUGUAUUGGGAGCAGUGCCAGUUUUUUUUCCAUAGCUCCUGCUGUGAAAUUCUGUUGUUCUCAAGGCCCAAGGCAUCUUGCACAAUAGAGAAUGCCUUGUAUGUUGAAUGUGGACAAAGUCAGGUGGUAAAUUAAAUUUGGUAAAUUGGUUUAUUAUUGACACGUGUACCAAAGUACGGUGAAAAACUGUAUAUCCAUACAGAUAAUUUCAUCACAUCAGUGCAUUGAUAGUACAAGGGAAAACAAUAACAGAAUGCAGAAUAAAGUGUUAAGGUGAAUGGCAGAUGUGGUGAGGUGAUACUGGGAAGGUUGAUGGGGUAGGGAAGAUUGGGCAGUUUGUAUGGGACGGGAGCCAGUUUGAUUGGCUUUUGGGGGGAAUCAGUAAGGUCAAAAGUUGUCAGGCUGGCACAAAUGGGCUUCAGGGGGUCUCUCCAGGAUUGGGAGUUGGGUGCUUGGUUGCAGAUAGAAUCAGGAGUCCAGGGAAUAGGGGUCACUGGGGACAAGAUCAGUUCAAGGUUAGUUGGACAUGUUAUUGAGGUUCUAGGAGUGGGGUUCAGUCAUGAUUGGGGGCCUUGAGAAACAUUAGGAUUUGGGUGGAAGGAGACAUGAAGGAAGCCUUUUGCAGGAGAACUUAUCUGGAGAACAAUGAGUGCCUCCCUGGCAACGGAUAGGGUAAGGCCAGGCCCCCUUGAAUGUAGACCAGAAUCUUGCACAAAUAAUAUCAAAAGAUGCGUUGCAGGCCUCCCAUCUAGUCCCAAUUCCUGGCCUUUUCCCCAUAUCCCUUGGUACAAAAUCACAAGGCAAAGGAGCAGAAGUAGGCCUUUCGGCCCAUCGAGUCUGCUCCGCUACCCCACCAUCCUCUUGAAUGCAUGUCCUAUGUACAGAAAUGUGCUUUCCACACAGGCUGGGCUUUUCACAGACAAACAUUGCGUUGCACAGUUGGAUUUAUAGGUCAGCAAACAUUCUAAACUUUGACAUCACAAAAAGAGUUCUGGUGAAAGGUCAUCAAUCUGAAAUUUUGCCUCUACUUUCCUCACCCCACCUGCUGCCUGACCUGCUGAGUAUUUUGAGCAGUUUCUCUUCCUACUUUAGAUUCCAGCAUCCAUUGUAUUUCUGCCACGAAUCAUUUUAAACACACUGAAUUGCAAACUGACAUAACUGUAAACCAGUACUUGAUGCCAUUUGUUAACGUUGUUCAUUCUCGGAUUGUUUCAAUGUAAAACUUCAGUUGCAAAGUACUGUUUCCACAAACUCUACAUGAAGGUUCAUCGCAUUUAAGUUUGGUUGUCUAUCAUUGCUUUAAGUUCAUGAAAACAAGGCUCAUCAAUACUUAAUGUAACCUAUUGCAGUAAAACUCCAAUUAUUCGGAAAUCCUGAUGGUCCAGCAUCUAGCUCACACGCUAGUCCGGAACCUGAGUGGUGGGGGGGGUGUCCAGGGUGCAAGCAGUGAGUGGCCACGGUCAGGGGUCCAGAGUGUUGCUGCGGCAGAGGUCAGCAUCUGGAACAUCAGGGGUCGGAAGCGUGGGUAGGUUUGCGGCCGGAGCCAGAGUCUGAGUGUUUGUAUAUUUCCUGCUCCCUUUAAGCUCACAGGGUUCACUGGAAAAUUUAUUAUGUGUAACAUGUAAAAACUUCAAAAUAAAAGUGUGGUUUAAGUAUUAAGAGGAGUCUGGAAAAUCUGCUGCUCCGGCACUACCAAAAUCCCAAGGACACUGGAUUAUAUCGAUCUGUUUUUAUGUAAUGUGACAUCUUGCUGAAUCUAGAAAAUGCUGUUAAUCCUUUUUUUGUUCAAUUGUUACCCACAGUGCCCAAAUCCACCAAAUUUUCUCCAGAACUCAAUGAGAACUAUAAUUUCGAGAGAAGUCAUGCUCAAUGUUAUUCCUUUUCUCAUCCAAUGCCUCUGUGUGUUCACUUUCCGACAGGGUAUACAGUAGUUGAGAGCUACAACUCUGGCUGAUUUUUCCCAGUCUCGGGACACGUGCCAUUUCUAAUAAUAUCUCCUAUUGCCUUGCUGCUUAAUAUCUAGAACUAAGGCAGAGAUCUCAUUGUUCCAUAUUAUCACCCUGGUUGACGUAUUUAUCCACAUAGAAAGCGCUACACAGAAGCAGCCUAUUCUAUCUAACUAUUCUGUGUUGGGUUUUAUGCUCCACAGGAGCCUCCUCCCACCUUCCAUCUAAUCCAUCAGCAUGGCCUCUCCAUUCUUCCUUGUGUUUCACCAGCUUCCCAUGCAAUGCUAUCUUCAGUGCGUCUAUGCUACUGUGGGGCGUGAAUGAUGCUUUUCUUGUACUUAUAAAUUUGUUUUACUGUGACUCAUACCUGCUGUCAUUUAUGAUCAAAAGGCAAAAAUUAUGUUUUUUUUAAAUAAGUAAACAG